AUGUCUUGCACACGACAAGCGAUAGAAUAUCUAGCUUCAUCAGUUUCAGCAGUCAGGACUGAGCAUCGAAGACCACACCUUUUUGAAGCUACCGUCUUAUUGUGUCCAAGCGGAUCACAAACUGUCUUCCUACUACAGCACAACAACACAGCCGGAAAACUAAUCCGUACAAUUCCAACGGCUUCCGUCACCGACUGCUCCGAACACUGCGCCAGAUCAAAUCUUAUAGUUGAUGAGUACUACUCAUUUACAUCAGCUAAAGUAAUCAGUUACGUUCGUUUACAGAGCGAUCGAGUGUGCUCAUCGCCAUUCCACUUUGAUGUGUUCAAACAGAAGAUUCUUGUAGGUUUCGCUCGUGAAGUUGUUCCUGCCGAGGACAUUCAGGUUUGUAUGAGCGCCUGCCUGAACUCAUUCGAUACUUUCGGUUUCGAAUGCGAAUCGGCCAUGUAUUAUCCGGUCGAUCAAGAGUGCAUUCUCAACACUGAGGACCGGCUUGACAGACCUGAUCUAUUCGCUGACGAAUUCGAAGACACCGUCAUCUAUAUGGACAACAACUGUGCAGGAUCACAAUGCUACGCUCCAUACAUUACACAAUACAUCGCCGUCGAUGGGAAUCAACUCGAGAACGAACUCGACCGAAUUAUUAACGUCGAUGUCGACUCGUGCCAAAGUCUCUGCACUCAACGACUUUCACUCACGGUCAACGAUUUUAACUGCAAAUCAUUCAUGUACAACAACCAGACACGAACGUGUAUUCUCUCCGAUGAACGGUCAAAACCACUCGGACGGGGCACGUUGAUCAAAACUGAAGGAUUCACCUACUAUGAGAAGAAGUGCUUUGCAUCGCCAAACACUUGCCGCAAUGUGCCUUCGUUCACCCGUGUUCCUCAGAUGAUUCUAGUGGGUUUCGCCGCGUUCGUCAUGGAAAAUGUACCCUCAGUGACGAUGUGCCUUGACCAGUGCACCAAUCCUCCACCCGAGACUGGAGACAAUUUCGAAUGCAAAUCGGUAAUGUACUACUACAAUGAGCAGGAAUGCAUUCUGAAUGCUGAGACUCGCCAUAGCAAGCCUGAUCUCUUCAUUCCUGAAGGUGACGAGUUCCAGGUUGAUUACUUUGACAUCACAUGCCAUCUUAAAGAAGAAAACUGCUCAGUAGGAACUCAUCUGAAGGCCGUGCGAACUAUCAACGCUGCGUUGCCUGAAGGCGAAGGAGAUCUUCAUGUACUGAAGUCUGCAGGAAAAGGAAUCAAAGAGUGCAUAAAGAAAUGCUUCGGAAGCAGUCCAGAAAAGUGUCGUUCAUUCAACUAUGAUAAACGAUCUGGUAUCUGUAAUCUAUUGUAUUUGGACAGUAUGAACACUCUUCGUCCACGAAUUCGUCAAGGUACCGACUUCUACGAAAUGCACUGUCUUGCAGCUAUGCCUCUAGUGGAAGGCGACUGUUCCGCAAACAAGGACGAUGUUCUCUUCUCACGUUAUCUACACACAAAACAGCGUGGAAUCGCCAGCAAAACGUACAAGGUCGUCUCGCUCACCUCGUGUCUUGAAGUGUGCGCUGGAAAUCCUGUCUGCGCUGGAGUAAAUUACAAUCGUCGCUUUGGCCAAUGCGACGUUUUCGACGCAAUCGAUGAAUCUGCAGACGCGAAUGAACAUGUGGACUUCUACAAAAAUCUUUGUGUUGUCAAGGAAAUCGACAGUGAUAUCUCAGCUGCCGCUAAUGUCCCUGCACAGCCACAUCGCAUGUCCGGUACGGUCACAAACAAAAAGGAUGCACGCGGCGAGCUACUUGCUACCAAGAAGGUGAUAUUCAAGUGGAAUUUGAAUGGCGUCGUCAAUUUCGGUAAUGCUAUUGCAAUAAUGACGUGCACAUCUUCGCAUUAUUUCCAGAUCAAGCCGUCGAUUCGUGAGCACAUGCAUCGACGCAAGCCUGAAUCUACAAUACACCUCGGACCACCAGUCUCCAUUCCGGCCGAUGCUAUCCAAACAAUUUGUAACUACGAAGGGAUUAGAGUCCAAGUGAAUCAUGAUUCAUCAUUCAAUGGCGUCAUCUUCGUGAAGAAUAAAUACGACACAUGUCGAGUAGAGGUGGCCAAUUCGAAAUCAGCCAUUUUAGUCCUUGGCCUACCAAAAGACUUUGGAAUGCGGCCGAUUACUUUGGACGGCAUUGAUGAGAUGACAACUGAUUCUGUGAAGAACUCCGCAAAAGCCGAGCUCAUCAAGGACGAGCACGAGGAGUUCCGUCAUAAACGGCAAGCGGACAGUCGUGAUUGUGGCCUCAUUGAUAUGUUAAACGGAACGUAUAAGACAACUGUUGUGAUACAAACAAACAAUCUCGGUAUUCCUGGAUUGGUGACUUCGAUGGAUCAGCUCUAUGAGGUGUCUUGCGAUUAUUCCAGCAUGCUUGGUGGAAAAGUUCAAGCUGGAUACAAUAUGACGGUUCUUGGACCAGAAGCGAAUCUGAUUCAGCCAAGGGGAAAGAUUGAGCUCGGCAAUCCAGUAUUUAUGCAACUGGUGAGCAGUCACGGAGAGCAACCCGUAGUUCAGGCAAAACUCGGUGAUAUUUUGGAGUUACGAUGGGAGAUAAUGGCUAUGGAUGACGAGCUCGAUUUUUUCGUUAAAGACUGUUUCGCUGAGCCUGGUGUUGGCGCUAAGGCUGAAGAGAAGCUGCAACUUAUUCAAGGAGGAUGUCCUACAGCGGCUGUUGCUGUGAAGCUCAUUCCUGGUCCGAUUGAAGUACAGUCGACAUCCGUGAAGGUCGCUCGUAUGCAAGCAUUUCGUUUCGACUCGUCGAGUUCGAUUCGCAUCACUUGUGAAGUGGAUAUCUGUAAAGGAGAUUGUACACCAGUUGAAUGUGGACUUACCGAAGGUCAGCGGCACUCAUGGGGACGUAAAAAGAGGGAGUCAGAGAACUCUGUUUUAGAAUAUGAAACUUCACGAUACAUUGUACCAAAACAUGUGCGAGCGACCACAUCGAUCGUAAUCAUCGAUCCGCUCCAACAAAUUCAGGAACCAGUGAGUCUGGCACGUUCAUCAACUAUCGAAUUCUUGCGUGAAGAAGCCGAAGAGAUUGCCGUCUCGACCACAGGACAGAUGUGCAUGGCAAAGCCUACAUUGUUGGCUGUGUUCGGAUUUCUUCUAACGUUAACCUCAGUACAAGCAAUCGUCGUAAUCCAACAUGUUGUACGCAGACUUUGUCGUUCAAGUAAGCUAUGA